AUGUCUACAACUCCGCAAAUUCCAGGUGCUAUUGACGUUCCAGAACAGAACGGCUAUACCUAUAUUGUCCCACUUGAUCCGAACCGGACUCAAUACCAUGCUCGCCAGUUGGAGCGUUAUGAUGCUCAAUCACCCUAUAUUCGAGGCAGGGUUACUCGAAUACAGUACCAGUGUUCAGGCGUUCGAAUAUGCUCUUAUCUCCAUCCUAACCUUAGAAAUAUGCACCAUUACAAGGUUACAGAAGAUGACUGGAACUAUAUCCGACAGGAGCGACAACUUAUUGAAGAGACAGAAAUGGAUCCUAAAAAACAGAAAGCAAUCUCACAUUUCUUUGGUGUGCUUCGUGUAUUUAAGAGACAUCAAGCUUGUCGGCCGCAACAAGUAGGGUGUGCUCCUAAGAUGGUACUUGGCGAAGCUGCUCUUAUUUACCGGGAGAAGCUUGCAUUUUAUCCUGAUGGCCAAGAUCUUAAUGCACUACAACUAGAAUGCGACCGGAAUGAAUAUCUUAAGCAUUAUGUGCGAGAAAUCUAUCAUGAAGGUGAUAUUACAAUUAUUAUUUGUAUAUUGCAAGAUCAGGCCAAGCUAUUUCAAAGCCUACGCUCAUUUGAAGUUGACAUGUCCUUCAAACGCGUACGUGAGGGCAGGUUUAACGAGGUUAUCUUUGCUGUUUUUUUAGAGGAUCAUGGAAAAGUUAUCACACUCCUUCGUGCGUUUAUGAACCAACAAACAGGCCGUGCCUACUAUUUUCUAUUUAAAAAGGUCUUUGAGAUGAUUCAUGAUCUUUCAGGCCAUCCAGUACAGUUUUUCCAUCUUCAUGGAACCGGCAUUGAAACUAUCGUUGUUGAUAUGGAUGAAGGACAGAGGGACGUCUUAUUUAAGGCAAUGAUUAGUCUUUUACAUGCCCCUACCCGAGCCCAGUAUAUGGAUAUUUUAGAGCAAUUACUAGAGGAUCCAACUCCAGGCGUGGCAACUUGGGCUGAACAUAAGCUGCAUCCGCAUUUUAAUCAAACCCGUAUGCAUACCAAUGCAGGUGAACAAACCCACCAAAAAUCAUAUGCUUUUAGUGGGAAGCACCUACCAAUUCUAAAGGCAGUUACUAGUGCAUAUUUUCUUGAUGUACGAGAUAUGCAUCAGUACUCUGUGCGGAUACAUUAUAACAUUACCCAUUCCUAUCGGCCAGACGAUGAGAUCUCAAGAAUUACAGAGAAUUUAAUCAGGGACCAAAGAAAACGACGCCGUAAUCAGGAGAUUGAGGAAGAGGAAAAUAUAGAAGGAGUACUACCUAGAAGAGCACGUCCUUCUAGAUCUUUCUCAUCCUCUGGAUCUCCACGGCCACGCCGCUCCAGGUCUAGUACCAGGGGUAGGAGUUAUACUAGAGGAGUAAGCCGAAGUUCUACACCACAGCGGUCUCCAUCCCUAGCCCAGAUUGCUUCUCAGAACUAUCGCGAUCAGCAGGCUAGCCAUGAACAACAUAUACUUGAUCUUCGUGAGCGCCAAGCACGUCUAGAUCGAUAUGAGGUAGAGACUCGGCUUAUGCAGCAGCGUCUACUACAGCCAACUAGUCCUCAACUAGUUGGUGUAAAUCCAGUGCAAUAUCCACCUCUACCUGGAUAUUUACCAUCUAGUUCACAACUAGUCAACCCGGGCCCAGUAUAUGUUCCGCAGAUGACUGGAGCUCUGCCAUACGUGCCCUCUCAAGCACCAUUUGUUCCAUCUACAGAGACUAGUCACCAACUAGUCUAUCAAGACUCACAGGCACGAAGUUUUUCCACGGUAUCUUGUUAA